AUGUGCAUGAAAGCUGUAAUCACCGGCAUCGCUCCAACAGACGGAGUCGAUGGAGUCCAGCUCAGGAAAAUGAGUCAUGUGAGGGAGAAUCUGAGGAUAUUGAACAUCCAUACCGUGAGUUCACAGCUUUGACUGGUUUCAUCUGAGUGGUCUUUCAAGGACCCUUCAAAGCGGUGAAGUUUUGCAUUGAAGUGUUUUAUCUGUAGAAGGUAAGAAGACGAGGGAAAGUGCAUCUGUGGAGUAACACUGCCAUCCUUAGGUUAAAUUCUGUAUGGAUGAUGUAUGUUAGAGACAGCAGCAGCUGACCAAGUGUUGUUACUGAUUUCACCACAGAGGGGCAGCGUUCGCCUGAUGUCAAAUAUUAACAGAGGGUUUUUCUCAAACACUUGGCCAAAGUGGCACUCGGGAUAAGUCAAAUAAAAACUUAAAAAAAUAACAAAUUGCAAAGCUGUUAUAGCAAUGACAGUGACGCAACCAAGCUUUAUGUCACUCUGUGUUUACAGGUACCUCUGGUCACUUUACCUGUUUACCUCUGUUACCUCGUUUUCUUGGUACAUAGGAGUCAAUAUUUUUUUAAAUUAUUUUAAUUUUAUUUUUUAUUUUUAUUUUAUGGUUAUUUUGUACAUAGGAUGUGUAUAGGAGGGGAUAUUUAUCUUAUUUCUAUUUUUAUUUUAUCUCUUUCUAUAUAUUAUUUGAUUUUCUUGUUAUAAUUCAGUUUUUUUGACACAAUCACAGAAGUCACUUUCAUUUCACUGCCGCUGUACCUGUACAUUUAGGCAUGUGACAAAUAAAACUUGAAACUUGAAACUUGAAUAAUGAGGAAAACUUCAUUUUAAUACAUCCUUACGGUGAUGACACAUGAAGUGAAAUACCUCAAAACAUUUUGUGUUGAAAGGUUGUUUACACAUGGAAAUUUGAAGUACAGUGCCUCAAAAGAAAAAGUUUUUGACUCACAAAAAUGCACAUCUUUUUAGAAAUUCAGUUUAUUUAUACUCUCAACACCUUGUUUGUAUUUCUUCACCACUGGAUACUGUUUGAAUAAUUGAUAAAAAAAAUUGAACUUUUCCUUGUAUUUAAAGUCAAAAUUAAUACUGAAAAGGUGUUUAUCUUUCACUAAGCAUCUAUGUAUUUACAAGAUAUUCGCAAAACUAUCCCAAAUACGGUACAACUCGGACCAAAAGAAGCAAAAAAAGUCAUUCAAACUUUGACAUAGUUUCUGACUGCCUGCAACAAUAAUCUCCUCUUUCUUUAAGAAUGAAUUGGGAAUAAGGGUUGACCUUUCAAGGAAGCAUCUUUAUGGGAUAAAUUAACCUGGUAUGAAGCCACCAGAUCCAGAUGUACAAAUGUUGAUCCUUUCAUUUCCUCUUGCAAUACUUCUUCCCUCCACGGGGUGGCAGUGUUGCACUGCUGAAGCUUUUCGCUUUUCUCUCAGGUCUGCUUCCUCUCCUUCGCUCACCCACAUAUUGACCAACAGGAGUGAUACGAGUCAAGUAUAAAAUGAUCAGCUGAAGUGUCUGAUUUAGUAACAGAAACCACAACAGAUCACUUUAUCGCACAUUUCACAGAUAAAAACACACUUCCACUUUCUCCACGGCGUUUUAAAAUGAGACCCAUGUGCGAUGCACUUCUCCAUGGAGCUGAUGUGUCCGACCGUGCAGCCACAUUUGGGAUGAGAGUCUCCUCCAUCUUCUGGCCUGUCAGUCCAUCUCCCUCCUGUUCUGAUGCAUUAUUGGUCGGCUCUGUAGAGGCCCAGGAAGCAGAGGGAGAUAAGGAAAAAGGCCAGGCUCUGUGAUCCCUCAGAUAGCACCUAAUCACAUUCAUUACAUCAAUUAGGGCAGGCCGACACAGGAGCGGGCUGCGAGUCAGACCUCCAUCUCCUGCUGAUCGAUGCUCUAAACACGGAGCACAUCCUCUGGAUUUCAACCUCCACCCUGUGGACCACAAUUCUGUAUUUACCUCCACCUGCUGAAGCGGUCCUAUCCAUUUCAGCAGGUGGUGAAAAGGUGUUUAGAACCAACAUUGGUGCAAUCUACAUGUGUUUUCCUAACUGGUAUCAUGAUUUCUUGGGUUGACGGUGGCCAUUCCCAAUUUAUAAAUCCAUUCCAGGCUCCUUUUCUAAUUUAAAAUUGAAAUAUUACAGAUUUCAAGGUGUUAAGAAACCAUUAUAAGACCUCAGGAUGCUGGACAAAGUAUAUUUCAUAAACCAUGGUGACAUUUGGAGCUAAAAUUUUGCUCUAAAUGAACCGAUAUUCAUACUGUUCUAUAGAUUAUUUCAAAAUGAAUCUUUUCCAGUGAGAUGCGUGUUGGAAAAUGCACGUUUUAACAGAUUUUGCGCCAAAAGUGUUGCAAUGAAUGUCAGAUUUCUAACAUAUUUAACCCAGAUUUAGCUUCAUUUAAAGUAGAAGGCCAAUCCAUUGACAGCUUUUAAGGAAUAGAUCAGAAGAACAAUAAAGAUGUAAAAGAAAAGGCCAAAUCUGUAAAAGACUAUAAACACAUUAGGCGCACUGAUCUUUGCAGCAGAAGACCUGUAUCAGUGGUUUAAAGCAGAAGUAACGUGUGCAACUCAAUCCAUUUCAUGAUAACCAAAGUCAAAUCUCUAAGAAGGCAGAAUUUGUUUUAAUAUUUUUACACAAUAUGGCACUGUAGCCACACACAAAGGCUGUAAAGUGAUAAAUUCAAAGCCGUACUCUGAGCCGGUCGGUCAUUAGGUGUCAUUUCAGCUAAAUCUUCGUCUCUUUCUCUCUGCUGAUGGAUAACACCAGCUUUGUGAUACGAGGCGUCUAGACUCAGUUAGUGGUGACGAAAGCUUCAAUAUCAGGUAGACAGAAAAAAAAAGAUCUAGUGGAAGUGGUUUGAAAAUCACCAUGGUAUGAUCCUCAUAAAAAGAACCCACUUGAAACAAAUCCUGAAAAUAAGGCGAUUUGGCAAAGCUUCACCAAACUCCAUUGGCAAAAACAGUAAUUUUAAAUUAUGAAGCACAGGAAUACCACCACCUCAGUCAGCCUGCUUUUGUGUUUUUAUCUGACCUUAAUAAUAUUUUGGAUGUCAGCUUAACAUCCAAAACACCACUGACACCAAAUACCACAAGAAAACAACAAAUCAACGCAGCUGAUUUAAAGCAAACCUUCAAAGUAAAAUUGCUGUUUUUGUCACUGGAGUCUGGUGGCUUUGAGGUGAGCAACACCAACACUUUUUUUGGUUUACUUUACUGGGGUAAUUCCCUUUUCUGAACACUGAACAUUUGGACUCUGAAAUGACUCAACUUAUUUUAAAAAUUUGCUGACUUUCACUUACAUUUUUGAUCAUGCAUGCUUUUUUAAAAUUUGCAGACUUUCACUCACAUUUUUGAUCGUAUUUAAAGCUCUGCCUGCAUCAACAUGUUAAAUCAUAGCACAGGGCCAGAUGAACGAUAAAAUAACACUGAAAAGCAAAAGAAACAACUUUGGUCAAAAUCAUUCAUCAAGUAAAACCCUAAAACCCUGAAAUACGACAUUGAUCCCAUUACAGCAAGUUUCACAGCUGCUUGCCGAAGAAUUCUGCUGUUAAAAAGUUAAAAAAUUUUACAUCCUCAUCGAUGAAAGAGUAUUUAGCUGCAGACACAGUUUGUACAAGUCAUGAAACACUGUAAUUGCUUUAAGGUUUAACCCCCAGCUGCUGUGUCUGCAGCCAAAUGUGUGGAAACAGAGUCAAGGUUUUAAAACGUUCAUAAUCAUAGUAAGGUUUGUUUUGUUUGAAAAUGAAGGUAGUGGUACAUUUCAGGGUUUGUAUCAAGCAGCUAAACCCAGAGUCAGUGUUAGCUCGCUCUUUGAAGGUGAAAGCGUGAACACAUUGACAGAAACGAGGCUCUGAAUGGGAAAUAAAUGUGUUUGAGGAAUCCCACUGACUCAUUCAGACUCUCCAUUCAGGCAGCGAGGGGGUCACACAGAGUCUCAGCUGAUGACACACACAUGUAAGAAGUCACAGGGUUAUAAGGUGGCUGUCUGUGUGUGAACUGUGUUUCCUGCAGGUGUUGCGUGUGGACCGGGAGCAUGUGACACUCUCAGGUAUGGCCUCCAUUUGCGGAAUGCCGCUCCGAGCGUUCACAGAGUGAGACGGACAGGUACGCCUCAAAAAAUGCUCCCCUCUUUUCAAAACUAAAUGACUCGUGACCAUCAGGCGCAGACGUACGCUGUGACAUCAGUGACCUCCUGACUGAGCUGACUUCCUCGUGAAACCGUUUUCUGCCUCCUUUCCCCCGGCGACAGAAAACCCGGUGACAUCUGGGAUGAGCGACAGGCGAGGAAGAGGAGAAAUGGCGCCGAAAACUGGAGGGAGAUAAAAUGGAUAGAUAAGGUCGGGGCAUCUUUGAAAAAAAAAAAAAAAAAUAGGAAAGUGGAUAGAUUGCGACAGAAGAAGAGAGAGAGAGAGGGGGAGGAAGAAGGGGGGAGGCGGGUGAGAAGAGUGAUGCUAUUGAUACACUGAAGCUGCAGGAGGAGGAGGAGGAGGAGAGGAAGGUGCACUCCAUUUUUCCCCCCUCGAAGUGCUAUCAGAAGACAUACAUUAGGAUGACAGCGCUGUGACCACGCCAAGCACAUAAAAAACACACCGCCUUUAUAUCAUCUCCCACAGAUAGUUAUUAAUAAAAACCAGGACACACACUUGGAAACAGAGAGGAGAAAUAGAUGAGAAAGAGCGCCCGAGAAAGGAGGAGAGGAAGGAGGGAGAUCAUGUCGUGAGGAGGGGUUGUCCGCCUGACAACGUGAAGUCGAGAGCAAUGGGUCUCACACCUCCAUUUGUCAGUGUGAUGAAAUAAGCUACGGCCACAAUCCCAUACUCCACACUCUCCCCUGACAUCUAAAGCAUCUCCUUUUCCUCUCCUUUACCUCCUCUUCCCUUCCCGAGUAUUCAUGUAUGCCCUUAUUUCUCUUCUUCCUCCGCUCACAGAGUCUCUCUGCCUUUCUCUCCCUCUCUGAGUCUCACUGUUAUCAGUAUCUGACACACAGUGAAUCAGGGAGUAUCUAGCGGCCCGCUAUCAGACCUCUCUUCAUCUCCCACUGCCCCUCUGUGCUCAGGCCUAUCAAUCAGAGAGCUGCUGCCAGGACAGAUGCCACCGACGCAACCGCAACCACCGACACAACUUGUAUCUGCCACAACGACACAAAGGAUCACGAAUGAAACAAUGAACGACGCACAGCUGAGACAGAAGUUAUGCUUUUUUUAUGAGGGGGAUUGUGGUGGAAUUUGAAGGUUUGACCAAUUUUCAACGCUGAAGCCAUUUACCAGACAAACCCCUUCAUUAUUGACAUCUGUACAACAACUGUGGUCCCAUCCUUAUGUAGUAUGAGUCUGCAAAAGUAAAAUGAGAGUUUUGGAGGUGCAGCAGAAGAUUGUUUUGUUGCUGCCGGGAACAAAACAAUCAAAUAUCUUCAACCUAAUGCUUGUUGUUCGAACUGACAGGCUCAGAUUGCUGUUUCAAGUCUGAGACGUUGUCUAAAACAGCAAAGUAUGAAAAAAAAUAUUAAGAUUUCCAAUAUAAAGUCAUUGUAUUUGAUUAAAGUCAGUAUAUGAUGAGAAUUGAAACGUAAUUAUACUAGAUUUAAUCAUUUUAUAGUGCAAAAAAGUCCAAUAUUAAGUCACAAUAUUACAAAAAAAGUCAUUAUGUUACAACUUUAAAUAGCAUAUUUUUCGCACUAUAGGGCGCACCAUCGAUGAACGCGUCUAUUUUCAUACAUAAGGCGCACCGGAUUAUAAAGCACAUUAAACCAAACAAAACAGUCAGAUCAGUCAAACUUUAUUUAACUCAUUCAAUAACGCUACGGUAGCUGCAGACAUUCAUUCAUACAUACCACACAAUGAACCAACAAAGAAACAGGGGAAGACAAGGACUAUAUAUACACUCAGGGAAACGAGCAACGAGAGGCAGGUGAGACACUCAGACACAGGUGCAGACAAUCACAGAGGAGGGAAAACUGAGGAAGUAAAACAAGAAACACAGGGAAUAAACUACUACAAAAUAAAACAGGAAACACUGAAAACUGAUACAAGGAAUGAAACACUAAGAACAUGAGGGAAACUGGGUCAGACACAAACUGUAAACUCACAAGACAAGACUACAGAAGAACAGGAACAUUCAGGAAAAUCACAAAGAAAAUACACUCCGAUCUCAGGGAAAACUAAAUACCAGAACAUAUCAUGACAUGAAGUAGUUAUGUUAUAAAAAAAGUCAUUCAGCUACGAGUUUUGAAGGUCCUGUGAGAAGUUUUUGAACAGCGAUGUUCCUCGAUGAAAUGAAAAAAGAAAAUGAGACCAUUGAGUACAGGACUGAAGAAACAGCCUUUGUAACGUUCAGAUAUUCACGAUGAGAAAUCAACGUCACUGUAAAAAGAGACAAGGAGGAGACCGCUGUGUACACUUUGUCCACAGGGGGUGCCAAAGUCAACACAGACAACAAGCUCCUCACAGGAGCUCUAAGUCAUUUUGUUAAGAGAUUAAAAUCUUUAUAUUAUGAAAAAUUGUAAAGUUGUAUUGGGUUAGCCGUUAAACUACAUGAUUAAAUUUGAUCAUUAGAGAGAAUAAUGUCAUGAUGUAAAGUUGUUAUGAAACAUAAUGUUACAAGUAUAAAGUCGUUAUUUUAGGAGGUCAAAGUAAUUUUAACAUGAGAAACAUUAUGUGACGACAUUGAAGUUGUAAAUUUAGUCAAAGAUUAGUCACAUUAUGUUGGUUUACUGAACAUUUUAGCUUUUUUCUCAGUCUUUUCAGAGUCCUGAUGACAAUGUGGUGCUACAGCUAUCAUGAUAUAACUCCAAGACUUCUCUGUUAUAACAAUCUUUACUAAAAUGAUGAUUUUUACACAUCGACCUCGGUCCGUCUGAUUUUCUAUAGAAGCAUAAAUCAUGCUAACUUCAAUAUCUACAUUAGUUUUAGCCUUGAAAAAGCCCACGAUGGACCCUUGACUCUUGAAUUAAGCUAAAUCUAAGCACAAACGUGAAGAAAGGAAAGGAUAAAAGUAUGUUUGAGAUGCUCAUUUAUUAUUGAAGAGGCCACUAGAUCCAGAUCGCAUCAGGCCUGGGACAGUAGAUAGUGUUUCAUGGUGGCUUUGUCUUUAAAUAUUCUCCCAGAUUGAAAGCUUCAAAGUAAACUUCAAUUACUGCAGUGAUUAGAUCUGGCCUGCUCCAUUAGAGGACAUUCUAGCUUGGGGGGAAACAGACAGAGAGAGCGGGGUGAGGACUCUCAGACCCCCAGCCAAGGAAUUACUAACUAUUGAUCUUGCUGCCACAAGCCAUCUGACAAUGACAUUAUAGUUGUGUAGCUUCAGAAGGAGCAGUACAGUCCAGCAAAGGGGCUGAUGUAGUCUUGCAACACACUCAGACACGGGGAUGAAUCCUGUUUCACUUAGGGGGAUGAUUCAGAGCCAAGGUUUCUGCUGAAAGGGGCUAAAAGACUCAAUCUGAUUUCAUCUUAUUAUAUUCUUUUGGAAUAAAACAAUAGAAAAUGUCUGGACAAGACACAAAAUGAUGUAUGUUGCCUAACCGACAAGAAUUCAAUAAUGUAUUGUGGUGGCAGGACUUUUAAAAACGUCAACAUAAAUAGUUUAAAACAGUUGAGUAUAAUGAAUAAGCUGCAGUAAAACUACAGUAUAUAUAAAAGAUGUUUAACCAGCCUUAAGUUAAAGAUUAGUCAUAUACCUACAAUGUAAAGGUAAAUGAUGCACCUUCAGGCUUCCACUGACUCACCUUGCAAGUUGCGCACCACCUGCUAGCAGAUGGUUACGUUUCUUCAAUUAGGCAAUGCAGUGAAGUUAGACCUGGUCCAUUGAAAUGAAAUGAUGUGGUUUGAGAAGGUACGUUUGCAGGAGAAGCCAGAAAUUUUUUCAGUUUGUGAAGAAAGGUUCAAUAUAAAGCAGUUUGACAAGAAAGAAUCUGUUAAUAGUGGUCUUUGCAGGAGAAGUUGAGAGUCUAAGAGCUUGGACCCGAUUGGGCCAACAUCUGUAGAGGUCAUUCGUUAAGUUGAAGGAGCGGAAUCAGGCAUGUGAGUGCCUGAGUGAGACCAGUAGUAGGGAGGUGAAACAUGGUGCUGACUCAUCCUCUGAGAUAAGGAGAGGUUCCUCCUCUGUGGUCUUUUGAGUUGUGGCACUGUGGCUGUUAAAUGCUUUGUAUAAAGAUUAGCUUGUUUCUGUUUUGGACUGGGCUGUAGACACUGGGCCUCUUUGUGUCUCCAGGCUUUUGUGUUAUAUGUUUGAGCAUCACUGACAGCCACAGUGUUUUGGUUGAAGAAGUUAUUCUUGGUUCAGGUCAGCUAUUGGCAGUAGAGGUUUUGUUUCCCACUUAUCUGUCCCAACAACAAAGUCAACGUUGUUGUUAAUCCAAACCAAAAGGUUGGUUUUUCUGUUGCUGAACCUCUCCUCCUCCAGAAACAGUCAGACUUUGUGACCUUGUGGAUCCCACCACGAGCAGAGCGAGUCAAAAGAUAAGAAAAUGAACGACUUUGAUAAUGACGAUAAUGAUCUUGAUGGUUUUCUUCAUCACAAUGCCAAAACUGUUAAUAAAGACACUGAUGAUGAUGGAUAUGAUGAUGAUGAUGGUAAUGAUAAUGAUGGUCCUGUUGAUGCUGCUGAUGAUUGUGGAAAUGAGCGUGUUGAUAAGGUCCAAACAUUUUCUUUGGGCACGCAUGGCUGCAGAUAACAGAGUACAGUAAGUCUGCAGUGAUGGGCCCACCGACCAUCUUUAUCUACUACAUCUCAAUGUCAGACAUCUACUUCCCUUUCCUCUCUGCAGGCUCUGAAAACCAUUACAACAACCUGAUCAGCACUGUGCACACAUCCAUAAUCAUAGAACAAACAUAUGAGCAAUGGUGAUUGGAAAUGGGGAGCUGGCUGGGUGUUGUGCUGCGUUCCAGUUACCGCGGAAGUCGAAUGCCGGAGCUGGAAUUGACGUUACAUCUGAGUUGACGGUGUUCCACUAUACAAGUCGGAAAACUAAGACGGACGCCUACAGUUAGCUGUUGUUAGCUGUUGUUUACAAUCAUCAGUCGUCGUUAGUCAUUGUCAGUUGUUGUUAGCGACUGUCAGCUGUCAGUCGCAACAAGUUGUUGUUAGCUGUCAUUGGCCGUUGUUAGUUGUUAACAGUUGUCAGUAGUUUUUGUUAGCGAUACCAGUUGUAAACAACGCAUAACACAGUAUUUUACUCUACAAACACCAUAGCACCGUGUUCACAGUUAGAUGUUGGUUAGUACAACAUGUACCACUUAAUUUAAUUUCACAAAAACAAAACAUAAGUGCUAAUAAGUAACACAUUAUGAGAGCUUUCACCGUUACUCUUCACUGUUGAUGCACUGUGCUGCCAUCUUGGUUUAUGACGCUGUUGUCAAGCCGGGGUUGAUGAGGAUGGUCCGACUUUCCCAGUCAGAGAUUCGACUUCGGGGGGACGUUCUAGAUCAGGGGUGGGCAAUCAUGCCAUGGAGGGCCGAGAGGCUUUUUCCGAACUGAUUUCACUGAUUACCUUACCUCCAACUAGAGAGCAGGGACUAAUCAGUAAAAUCACCUGGUGGAGUUUUGGGUUGGAAAGAAAACCUGCAGCCUCUCGGCCCUCCAUGGCACAUGAUUACCCACCCCUGUUCUAGAUGAAUUCCUGACUUGGAGCUUGGAGCCCCCUCAGAAACGUAGUCUUUCACCAAGACUUUCCUCCAAGCCAGUCAACCUUUUUGGUUCAGUGGUUCUGGUGCUUCUGACAAUUGCACUUGUUAGGACUUUAUUUUCAUUUCUGUUCUGGAUCUAAAUCAUCCUAGCACAGCAUCGAGUAUGGACCAAACCAGAACCACAGCCCCAGCCAGUGGCGGGAAGUAGUAGCUUGCAAACUCAUUGAUACCUACACCUGAAUGGUGUGUUUGUUUUGAGGGAGGUUGUUCUUCUUGUUUAUAUAUUUUGCCAUCCUUCUGCAGCACCUGGUCUUGUUUUUACCUCCAACAUGUUGCACCACUUUUACGGUAUUUAUCAAUUAUUAAAUAACUGUCUCAGAUGAUCAAAUCUCUCCAGUAAUUUUAUUUUUAGUAGCUGCCAUAAAAUCACCACCGUCUAUAAAAAUAAUGCAGUCCUCUUGUAGCCCAAUUCCCCGAACAACAGGCUUAAUAAAGGAAAUAAAUACAGGAUAGCAGAUAUGAAAUAAAACCUGGCGCCACAGAGGGGUGAGAGAAAGGAGUCUUUUGGGGAAAGUGAAGAAGAACACUCGAGCAGGAGAGGAGAAGAUGGAGACAGAGAGGCAGAGAGGAGGAAAGAAAGAGCGAAAAAGGCAGGGGGAAGAUAGAUCACGGUCCUGAGCGAUUGUGACAAGCAUAGACCCUAUCAGCCGCUGUUUGUUUGCACACUCCCCUCUCUGCAUUAAAGGAGCCGUCCAGGCCGCCGGCAGGCCGCGAGCGCUCCAUCUCAUCACCUGACACGCCAACAGAUGUUAUGGGCUGAUAAGAGCCCUGCGGCCCCCUUCCCUUUGCAUCUACGAUUACCUCCGCACAAAGGAGAAGGGGUGGCGGAGGGGGAGGAGGAAGAGGAGGGAGGUGGAAGGAACGGAGAGAGGGAAGGAGGGAGGAGAGGAAAUCAAAUACUUCAUUUUGACCUGGUGUAACGAAAAAAAAAAAGAAGAAGGAGAAAUGAAAUAGAUGGAAGUGUGUGUGAGAUUGAAAAAGGGUAUGAGAGGAGGAAAGAUGGCGGGGACACUCUCAUUUGUCCUGUAUGAAGUGGUAAAUGGCCUCAGUGGGCUUCCUGGCCCCUUGCUGUUUGUCUCCGUCCUAAUCGGCUUAUUCCAUAAGCACUGCAGCACCAUCGUCAUUAAGCAAUGAUAAUGAUAUUAUUUAACAGGGGAUGAGAGAAUUAAGGAGGCGCGCUAUCUGAUGGCUAGUUUUACUCGCCGCCUCAUUUCCUCAUCCUCGGAAAAUGUAGCAUUUCCCCGUUGAUAAGAAUUAUUCUGCAGAGCUUUAAUAGCAGCCACAUCCAUUGCCUUUAUUGCCUAAAAACAUCAUUACUCCAACUUUUAUUGUGCAUUACAUGGCUGGUUUGUUCUCCAAAUAGCACUAACUAAAUUGGGAUGUCAAAAAAAAAAAAGCAGUGCUAUGUGGAACAUUGGUCUUGUUAUGGCAAAUGUAACCCAAUCACUGCAGUAAAUGCACACAUAUCUGCCUCCCUGCUUCCUCCUGAUCACUAAUUUAUGAUAUAAUUUAACAACCUUUCUAUAUUUGUUCCGCUAAACACUUUGCGUGGCAUCAAAUUACCACUCACAAAAAGAUCAUAGAAACCCAAUAUCAUGCAUCCUUUUCUCAGCCAAUCUGAAUGGAGAGAUUGUGUUUCUUUUCUCUCUUCCCCCCCUCUCUACUCGCUUUAGCUCCAAGUCCAGAGAAGGGAGGGAGGGGGGGUGACAUUACUAAACACAAAUCAGCCAAUAGAAUAAACAAACUCUGGGGGAUAAACAACAAUGCAAUCUCCAUCUGCGGCGUAAACAAUGCCGAGCGUGCGUGCAUGUGUGUGGCUUCUCUUGAUGAGAUUGAAUAUGUUUAGAUGAUAAGGCGAGCAAGGUAAUCAAUGCAGUAAUGACGAGGACGGGGUGAGGGAGGGGGUGAGACCAGGUCCUAUCACAGGCAGUCAUCAAUGGAAUUUCUAAAGCUCGCCCCGCGCGCGUUUGUGUGUGCGUGCGUUUCUGUGUGUUUGUGCGUGGAGCAAAAGCGUGACAAACGCGUCAUUUCGUGUGCGAGGGAGAUAAGCUCUAAAUAAUUGCAGUCUGACAGGCCUGAAUAAUGGCCAAAUUAGACAGAAGGUGCACAUUAUUACGAGCGGCAAACAUUCAAGGCUGGUUUGAGAUGUAACCCGGCUUGAUUAAGUCUCCUGAUGAUGAUGAUGGUGGUGUUAGCAGACCCUCUUAACUCCCUAAACCUUAAUCCUGUUUCUCCUUCCUGGACUUUUUUUUUUUUCUUCUCGUUUUCAGAGCAUUAGCAUCCAGAGUUACCUGUGGACGACCUCCUGUUGAGCAGCAGCCCACACACGGAGAAGAAAGUGGGAUGAGCAAAGAGAAAGAGGAUGAGGGGGGUAAAACAGCCACGGCCGUUGAUAAUCAGCGGAUAAAAAAAAAGGGGGGGACGCCGCAAGGUCAGGGAAAGGACGGGGUAAGAGUCGGAUGGAACUGAGUUUGUGUGAAAACAGAGAGAGAACAGAGAGAAGACAGAAGGACGCUGAGCUUUGAUGUGGAUCAGCUCUGGAUUUGGUGUUUUGUCUGUGUUCGCUUUUACGCCACGCUCAGGUAGAAAGAUGAGAAAAAAGCCUUCAGCGCGGUCGGUGCCUACCUGAGGCCCAACCAAAACAAGGAGCCUGUAUCCGCUGUAGGGAUCAGAGCCACGGUUACAGCAUGACCUAAUGGCAGAGAGACAGGCUGAGAAAUGACAGAAUCAAGCAUGUAGUGGAGAAAAAAACAGACCCAGAAUCAAUUUCUCCACCUGACAUGAACCUUUAUGGCAUAAAUCUGAGCAUAUACCAGACUAAAUGACAUCAAACUGCCGUAAUAUAGCAAAGGAAAUCCACAGUUCAUGCUUUCUCCAAAAAAUAGCACGGCUUUUUGUGCGGUUCGAUGGUUAAACAUCAUUCCUGUAGUAUAUUUCACUGCUCCUCUCAUUCACUGUUACAGAUAUCGUGAAAGAGGGCAGUCAACUUUGACAUUAAUGCCAAACGACAACAAAUUUGAGGUUGUGGAUACUUGAUAUUGAGAAACACAUGAGCAUGUAAUGCGGCAGCAAGCUAGCUCUGCGAGUGGUUGGUGCUCACAGCGAGAAGUUUCUGGUUUCUUUGAGGUCACCCGAGGUUCUCGAUGUUCCUUAUUGAGUUUGGAGGAAGUACAGUUUGGAAAAGUAGAAGAGUUUUCAGAGAUACAGGAAAGGAAAUGUGUGGAAUAACAACAGAAAUGACAAAACAGAUUAAAAGAGAUUAAAAGAGAGAUUGAUAGUUUGCAAAUUAUUAAAACCUGAUAUUUAACUGAAAACCAGAACAUAUGAAAUUCUGAAAUUUAGUUUCUGUCUUUGCACUAUUUUUCAAUUAAACAGGCUAAAGGACAAAACUCAGUCUGACGCUGAUUUAUUUCUGAGUCCCUGCUUGUCUCAGAGGUAAAUGCAUGAACAUUGCAGAACUCCUUCGUAUCUCAGCUGUAAUUUCAGUGAGUGCAGAUCUCGCUGCGAUUCAGUUCACGGUGUCUGCACUCCAUAAAGUUGUACCCGACAGAUCUCACUGAGUUUAGAUGGAAGAGUUUUGUCUGACUCAGGACUUUCUCUCUCUGUGAGAUGGAGUUUUUUUUUUUUCCAAGCUGGAUAUUUUUAGUUUUGAAGCAGAAAUCCCCAAAUCUUUUUCAAACACCCCUCUCAUAUCACCAGGAGUGAUCAGAUCCAGAUCACAUCCAUAAUCUCCAAGUUGAUCACAGCCCAAGCAGACGGUUAUCUACAAGCGUUCAUGAUUGGGAGAUUAGUGUUUUUAAAUGCUUAUCCGUGUAGACCUCCCCGAGGUAGACUCUCUCCAGAGCCUGAGUGGAAUCACACCAUCCAAUCUGAGACUCACACACAGAUCUGUGUGACAUGUUGGCUUUUUUGGGGUAGAAGGGAGAUGAUGGAGCGGGUUGGCUGGAGUGGAUCAUGUACAUAAUCACUUGUUUAUCACCAGAGCAUCUUGCCAAAUCGCUAAAGCACUGCUCUAAUCACAGUAACCAGAGCAGCUGCUGAUUUCCUCCUCUGUGCAUCUUAAACCUGGAUGGGGUCAACAUAGGGCUGCAUGGAGGUUGUUCAAGGAUGGAGAACAAAAGCUUAUUGCAUUUGAAAUUCAUCCAUCUUUGCAUGUCUUCAAGAAGAUUCAACUUCAACAUGAAGAUCGGUUCAAUCAAGCUGGUUCUUGUAUCGCUUGUUAGCUAGCAUAAUCAGCGUUUGAACUGUAGACAUGGAUGUCUACGUCAUGCAUAUGGGUGGGAGAUGAGCCAGUGCUAUUUUCGUGGCUGGGAGAGAUGCAUAAGCUUACAUCCACAAGAGACUGUGCAGCGUCCACAUCACUACAUACCAUCUUUUUGAAGAAUGCAGAUAUUUUCAAUUAGGGUCGCUGACAUUCAGGGACAGUUUGGUUCUCCACGACCAAUUUUUUUUUAUGUUUUGUUGGCGGCAAACAUGAUGAAAAGGAGCCAGAACCUUGAGUUGUCAAAACCAUCCUGCGCAAAACUGGCAAUGUAUGAGCGGCAAGCACUCACGACCAGAAUACUAGAAUCAGUGGUGCUGACAUGUCAUGCCUCUGAACAACGCGGCGCGGCAUGUCAACACGCGUGGAUGUUAUGAGAUAGAGAGAGGAGUGAGCUGAGAGCCCCGCUCAUCGCAGCGGAGAGGAGAGAUACUUUUCUCUUGAAAGUAAUGAAAAGAUGGCGAGUCUGAAAUUGCACAAAUUAUAUUUUGUAGGCCGUUUUGAUAAAAAUUAAAAAAAUUAAGUGAAUACAUUAAUCUCCAACUUCAAUUUCUGGGUUGGAAUCUUGUCAGGGCGGGGCGCCCAUUAUCAGGGAAACACUGAUGAUACUUAAAGACAAGAUUGUUUGACGACAGAAGAAGAGGGAGAGAGGUAAAGGAGAUUAAGCCAUCAUAUUAAACAUAUGAAAGGUGAAGAGCGGUGAAGUUCUCCUUGUUUCUAUUCAGCCUCCUGCUAACUUGUUUGUCGAUUGUUUUGGUAUGUGACCAAAAAAAAACCUGCUUAAGGGAAAAUAUUGCCACCUAGUGUAGAAGAAACAGACAUACUUUUGUUAAUAAAUCAAGGAUGACCAUAUUCUGAAUCCCCAAAAAGAGGACAUGACUACGUUGAGGCUGAGUUACGGAGUCGCUCGUAGUUAAUUUUGAGAGUUUUUUCGGGUUGGAUCGAGUGUUUUUUACGUGCUUCUAACUCAAUAAGUCUAUGCCACACAAACUCAAAACUUCCCUACAUGACCCUGGACAUUUGAAGUAUUUUAUAAACCCCCCCGGACAAUGCCAGACAGCCCCCAAAAAAGAGGACAUGUCCGGGUAAAAGAGGACGUACGGUCACCCUAAUAAAUCUUACCUGGAGCUUGUAAACUGGGACCAGGAAAUUGAAAGAAAUUUGCAAAAUUGUCACUAGAAUCAAUUCAUGCAUUCUAUUCAUGCUCACACCCUUCACCCCAGCUGCCCCUGUGGGCCAAAAAGUAUAGUACGAAUGAUCCGAGUCGUUUCGGCUCAGAGUUAGAGUGUGUGUUCCUGUGUUUAGGAUCAGGAUGAGAUCAAAUCCUCAAUGCACAAAAAGCAUCCUGCUACGUAUCUUCUGUCCUCAUCUACCUUGGCCUGGUAGGAGAUGUUCCAGUGCCAGUAGGACGGAGGGGAAACUUCAAACACUAAAUAAGCCUUAUCUGCUCCCAGUGCUAGGCUGAGAUUAGGAGAGGAGUAAAGGAAGCCAGCAGGGAAGGAAAAAAGGGGGGAAGAAGGAAAGGGAGCGGUUCAGAAAAGAGAGAAAGUUGGUGGAAGGAAAAGAAGGAGAAGCCAAUGUGGAGAGAAAAUGAGGUGGAGAGAAAGGUAAGAUCGGAUGGUAAGAAGAAAAAGGAGAAAGUAUCAGCCGGAGGAAAUUAUAGGAAAGAAGGAUACAAGGAAAAGGGUAAAAGAAAGGAGACAAAUGGAGGAGUUUUAGCGAGAAGGAACUGGGUUUUUCCACUGAUUACAAACUAGCCCAUGCUUCAUAACUGCCUACUAAAUGGCAUCCCAUUUCUUGAAAACAAGAGUAUAUCUUUUCAGAAAAAGCACUUUUUUGUUUUUGAUUCCAUUACCCAGCCGAGGUGUGGGGCGAGAGGGUGGCAAAUGGAGGAAUUUGGGAGUGCUUGGAGAGCGGGCGCAUGGGGAGAAAAGCCAGUUUGGGAAGCAGCGGUGGAACCACAAUCUCUGGAGUCCAUUCUGUCCCUGCCGCCCUGUGAUCCCCACACCAAUUAAAGCCAAGGAGAGAGAGGCCACGGGGAAGUCCAACAAAUCACGCCUACGUGGAGAUGCACUCGGGUUUUCGAACAAGUGA